CGGUCCUUGCUGUUCUCUCUCUAAUCUACUGCAUUAUUAUUACAGACGACAGAGACUUGAGAGGGGUUUAACAUUGUUAGGGUUUUUGGUCUCCAUUGAAAAUAAUAACGAUGAGAGCUUCACACAUUUCUUCUCCAAUUCCUCAAUUCCUUCUCCGUUCUUCAAUUAAAUACCAUAACUUCCACUCUUCCCUACCUCUAUUUUCCAACGAACCCAUUUCAGAAUCCCCAUCGUCCAACGAUUCCACCCCAAAUUCCGAUUAUUCCAGAAAAGACAGCCUAAAUUCCGACUUCCCGGGUAACUCAAAUUUCUCGGAAUCCAAACAGGUCGAAUUCACUACACCCAUCUCGGAAGACUCAGUUUUGACACAAACCGAUGUGAUCAAUACUCUUUUAAGCUACAAAGAAGACCCAAAUUCUGCUUUGACUUAUUUCCAGAAGUUGGAGCACACGCGUGGGUUUGUUAGGAGCCUUGAUUCUUUAUGCCUUCUGCUUCACAUUUUGACGAGGUCAUCGGAGACUCUUAGAGAAGCUCGGAAUCUGCUUAAUCGAUUCAUUUCUGGUGAUUCUAGACCCUUGCCUCAUGUUAUUGUUUAUCACUUUAUUCAGACUGCAAACAAGUUCGAUUUUAAAUCUGAUUUUCGGGUUUAUAAUUACUUGUUAAAUAGUUAUGUUAAAGCUAAUAAGAUUAAUUAUGCUAUUGAUUGUUUUAAUAAAAUGAUGGAGAGUGGUAUUGUUCCUUGGAAUCCAUUCCUUAAUCUUCUUUUAACUGCAUUAGUGAGGAAUAACAUGAUUUCUAAAGCACGAAAAGUAUAUAAGAAGAUGCUUUUGCAAGGAUUUCACGGUGACUGCUUUACAGUUGCUAUUAUGAUGAAUGCUAGUUUAAAAGAUUACAACGUUGAGGAGGCAAAUAAGACGUUCUCAGAAGCAAAUAAGAACGGCGUAGAACUUGAUGCUGCAGCUUACAGCAUUGCUAUUCGGGCCUCUUGUAGGAAGCCUGAUGUUAAGUUAGCUUGCGGGCUGUUGAAGGAGAUGCGAGAUAAGGGGUGGGUUCCAUCUGAGGUUACGUUUAGUGGUGUUAUAUUGGUUUGUGUAAAGCAAGGAAAUAUGGUAGAAGCAUUGAAGCUUAAGGACGAGAUGGUGAGCUGUGGGAAGCAAAUGAAUGUGGUGGUGGCAACAAGUUUGGUGAAGGGUUAUUGUGUGCAAGGCGACUUAGUUAGUGCUUUAGAGUUUUUUGAUAAAAUGAAUGAGAAUGGGCCUAGUCCAAACAAUGUUACUUAUGCAGUUAUGAUUGAAUGGUGUUGUCGGAAUGGGAAUAUGACUAAAGCAUAUGAGCUUUUCACCCAAAUGAAAAACAAUAAUAUCCGUCCUUCUGUCUUCAAUUUGAAUUCCUUGAUACGGGGAUUCCUGAAAGCGCAAUCAUGUAUGGAGGCAUCCAAAUUGUUUGAUGAGGCAGUUGCGUGCAACAUUGCCAACAUCUUCACUUAUAAUUCUUUCUUAUCAUGGCUCUGUAAGGAGGGUAACACGAGUGAAGCGACCAUUUUAUGGGAAAAAAUGUUGGACAAAGAAGUGACACCUACUAGGGUAUCUUACAACAACAUGAUACUUGGCCACUGUAAACAGGGUAACUUGGAGAUGGCAUCUAGUAUGUUCUCAGAGAUGGUUGAUAGAGGUUUAAAACCUAAUGUGGUCACAUAUUCUAUAUUGAUGAAUGGAUAUUUUAAAAAGGGUGAGACUGAAUAUGCCUUUGACGUGUUUGAUAAAAUGGUGGAUGAAAAUAUUGUCCCGUCAGAUUUCACUUACAACACCAUAAUUGAUGCUUUGUGUAAAGUUGGCCGUACUUCUGAGGCACAGGACAUGCUAAAGAAGUUUGCAGAGAAGGGUUUCAUUCCCAUGUGUUUAACAUACAACAGCAUAAUAGAUGGAUUUAUAAGGGAAGGCUCGGUUACUUCUGCAUCAACUACUUACAGAGAGAUGUAUGAAAAUGGAGUUUCUCCAAAUGUUAUCACGUACACUACCUUGAUUAAUGGGUUUUUCAAAAAUAAUAGUUCUGAUCUGGCGUUGAAGAUGUGGAGUGAGAUGGGAAAAAAGGGUCUUAAACUGGAUAUUGCUGCAUAUUGUACUAUGAUCGAUGGAUUUUGCAAAAAUGGAGACUUGGGAACUGCAAGUCGUCUUUUUUCUGAACUCCUUGAUGCUGGGCUAUCUCCAAAUUCAGUAGUUUACAAUAGCCUGAUUAGUGGGUACAGGAAUGUUAACAACAUGGAAGCAGCACUCAACUUGCACAAGAGAAUGUUAAGCGAGGGAAUUCCAUGCGACUUGCGAACUUAUACCACGCUCAUAGAUGGAUUACUAAAAGAGGGCAGCUUAGUCCUUGCAUCGGAUCUUUAUUCAGAGAUGCUUUCUAAGGGAAUCAUUCCGGAUAUAGUAACAUAUACUGUUUUGGUAAAUGGUUUUUGUAGUAAAGGACAGCUAGAAAAAGCGCAGAAAAUUUUGGAAGAGAUGGACAGGAAGAGUAUGACACCUAAUGUUCUUAUUUAUAAUGCAUUGAUUGCUGGGCAUUUCAAAGCUGGAAACCUGCAAGAGGCCUUUAGACUGCAUAAUGUGAUGCUGGAUAAAGGUCUUGUUCCAGAUGACACUACUUAUGAUAUUCUUGUAAAUGGAAAACUCAAAGACGGCACUUCUCUUUCUGGAGUUUCAUUUGUUUAACUGGCAAGUUGAGCUUCUUUCCAGAAGCUCUACUGUAGGCUUUUCCUUCAAGAAACAGAAUACUUCAUGAACUGCGAUAUUUUUCACUUCACAAAUCUUCAUGUCACUCUCUCUGAAGGAUGAGCGCCUCUCCAAUUCAAUUUGAGCUGAAUGAAGAAUUGCAGGGACUCUAAUGCACAUUUAUGCUCUUUCUUCUUGGAGCGUGCUUUCGUUGAGGAUGAUGCAGACACUUUUUGAUUAUGCAACUGAGAAUUCUAGGUUGUCCUACAGGCCGCGGUGGAUGAAAGUUGGUUCUGCAUGAAGAUAAUAUUGAUUUGAUUGUAAUUUGUACCUGGUUUAGAAUUAUAACAACUUGGUUGUACCCGUCAAGAUCAUAAAAAAUAAUUCAACUUUUCUUAUAGGAAACUCUGUAGUAAUACUGGUUAGUUUAGUUAUGAAGGAAAUGACAGCAAGAAUGAAUCAAAACUCCUGGAUUUGGAAUCUGUUAUGUAACAGUAACAUUAAAGCUGUUCUUUCUUGAAUUUACCGAUGGGCAGAUGUUUUAGCCA